CCCGGUGGUGAACUCGCCUGUUCUUUGCCCGAGGCGGCUGCACGGCUGUGAGCGCAAAGAAACUGAAAACUGAGUGAAAAUCCCGGAUGGUUUUCGCUUCAGAUAAGGCAACGUGUUCCUUCUCCCCUGAGCACAUGGAAGGCUGGCUGCAACAACUCGAGAAAAGGAAUAUGCUUUGGAGAGGAGUUAAUCUUGCAACUGGAAUUAAAAAGAGCAAGCAGAUGAGAGAGAGCGCGAUUUGAAAUGUUAGGAGAAGAAAAAAGGUUAUAGCAAUGCUGCUGUGUUUCUUUGUCAAAGUCUGUCAUACUCGUAAAAACUGUCAAAAAGUGGAAUAGAUGUUGGUUCAUGAUGUCAAAUUUCAGGCAGUCAUUUGGCAUCAUUGUUACUGUGCAGUGGUAUAAUGUAACUUCGGGGCACAUUUCUUACUGUGUAUCCUUUGUGGUAGAAUCUUAAGGAUGUGUUUGCAGUAUUAAAUUAGUUCAGUCCUGGUAAACAAAAGUCCUGUUUUAAAAAGUCAUUUAUUUGAGUAUCGAGGGCACAGUCAAUUGCUGGGAAGGGUGUUUUGUAUAAGGAAACACAUAAAGUAACUAGCUGGACACUAAGUUUGACAAUGUUUCUGAUGUGAGCUGCGAGAGCCCUGGCAGCUGGUUUUAAGCAAGUGCUGGGUUAAACCCGGAGCUGUGUUAUCUGUAGCCUUGAAGCUGGAGUUGCUUUGGCUUUGCAGUUGUCACUGGUGUGCACAUCGUACCUGCUGCCAGCUCAGCAGAACCCUGGCUGUGCUAAGCAGCAGACUGCAAGGGGCCAGGGGUAAAUAGUAUUCAGACUGAAAUAUGAGGAUACUUGCUGGUACACUCAUUUUUUGGGAUAUGAACAGCUGUCAACAAAAAAUUUGAAUGGGAUCAACUCGUGUCUCAUAGACCAUAAAAUGGCCAUCAGAUAUCACUAACCUGAUGGAAGGAUCAGUUGGGGUACAGUAAACACAAUUGCCCUGGCAUGUUCUCAGCACUAAUGUCAGUCUUUACAGUGAGGGGUUGGAGAUACCUUUUUUCAAAAAUACAUUAAGCUUUAGGCUUAGAAAACUGUGUAGCUAUUAAAAAAAAAUAAACCACUGAAUAUAGAUUACUUACGUGUGCAUGUCAUACACCAGAAAUGCUUCUCUUUCAGGUCAUGGAGGUCAAGUGAUACUGUCAUCAGUGCCCAAAUGCUCAGGGAGAAAGCAGCGAGUGGCAGGAGUGGAAGAGGCAGUGAGAGCAGUGUGAGGGGGGAUGGUUCUGUUACUGGCAGAGGGCAAACACCGAGGCUGCAGGCACUUGGCUUCUUGUGGUGUUCUGAUGACCAGAACUUCUCCUUUGCAAGUACCUGUAACGAGCCAGACUUUUUCAAGGAAUUUCUUCAACAUUGCUGCACCACUAGUAAAUAAAAGAAAAGAAUAUUCUGAAAGAAGAAUUAUAGGGUAUUCUAUGCAAGAAAUGUAUGAAGUUGUUGCUGUUGUGGAGAAUUACAAACUGUUUGUUCCUUGGUGUAAAAAGUCAGACAUACUCUCGAAGCGCUCUGGGUACUGCAAAGCACAGCUGGAAAUAGGAUUCCCUCCUGUAGUAGAGAACUACACAUCAGUUGUUACCCUAGUGAGACCACAUUUAGUUAAGGCAUCGUGCACAGACGGAAAACUAUUUAAUCACUUGGAAACUGUGUGGCGUCUGAGCCCAGGUGUCCCUGGAUAUCCAAGGACAUGUACAUUGGAUUUUUCAGUUUCUUUUGAAUUUCGUUCACUUCUACACUCAAAACUGGCUACACUGUUUUUUGAUGAAGUGGUAAAGCAGAUGGUUGCUGCCUUUGAAAGAAGAGCAUCCAAACUCCAUGGCCCAGAAACCAGCAUACCUCGGGAGCUGAUGCUCCAUGAAGUUCAUCAGACGUAAAGAGACAACUGUAACCACCUCAUGUAUAACCUUGUUUGUACACUUCACUUGUACUAAGUGCCGUGCUCCUCCUUGGGGGCAUCUAUUUCUUAUCUGAGCUGUGUGUAAAGAUUUUAUACUGUACCAAACAUACCUGCUCAGCCAGACCUGUAUAGAAAGUUCAAAAGCUGCAAUCAAGUGCAACUUAAAGCCUUAUCAGUAACAGGCAACUGGCAGCUCCUGUAACCCAAGAUAUCUCAGGCUGCCGUUAACGUGCCAAACGGCUCCUGCAAUCACGGUCCAAGUUCUGCCUUAUCCAAGCUCAUGAUUUUCUUUUAGCACUGUAACAUAUUAACUCAAGUUUAAAUUAUUAGUAGUGUGGCUGUAAUUCAACAGCAUCAACUCAGCCAGCUCUGGCCAAGCCAAGGGAAACCGACAUUCUGGCUUCACAGAGAAUGGAACACUUUGCCAAGCACCGAGUGGUGGGUGCUUUCAAUCCAGAUGAAUGGCAAAGGUGAGUCGGGAAUCUCCGGCUGCUCCUGAACUGACCUGCAAGUGCCAUAGAACACCCUCAACUGUCAGAAACUAAAUGCAGGGGAUACACAUAAGGAGUACUGUAAUCUGAGUGCAGCAGUCUCAGCUACAGCCAGGGGUUCCCAGCAGAUCCGUCUGGGCUCCAGGCACCGAUCACUUUGUAGUACAUUUGGCAGGCUGAGCCUGCCCCCUUCUCCACUCCUUCACCCUUAAAGUUGCACUGCAGUUAGUUACUCAUCUAAUGCAAGCAGUUCCACACUGUAAAACAAGGAAGUUUUACCUCUUUGAGAGCAAGGGACCACAGUACUGUCCUCCCUGGAAGAAGGGAACAAGAUGUCCUCCGCUCCCCGCAGCCAAGCACACCCACAGCCAGCUGCCAUUAAAAAGCAUACAAGGGCACUAAAACCCUUAGUUCUUAGGGGUUUUUCAUUACUAUACUACCAUUCUAUUAUCAGCCCAUUAUGAUAGCACCAGCUGUCUUGAUUAAAUCCACAUUCAGUACUUCUGUCCCUGGCGUAAAUAUUCUUUCCAGUCUCUGAAGAAACAUGGGUCAAUAGGUUUGAACUAUUUUAAAUCCUCACUGUGUGCUGCCUCGCAUUACCCAAUUUCCUUACUGAAAUUAGGUGAAGCUCUAGGCCAGGUGCUGAAGCUGGUCCUUUCUCUAAAGUGUCUGUAACCCACGUGGUUACUACAGGACAGCAUGUUAGGUAGCAUAAGAAGGUAUGUUUCAGAAUAAAGACAGCCCUCAAACAGUUUCAGAUUGUUUACUUUUCCAGAAAGAGCAAUUGGCAUGUCACAUGUCCCCUCUGUGAAGGACAGUUAUUAAGGGCAGGAAGCUGAGGAAAGUGACAGCUGGAUUGAGGUCAGUUUUACAGCACUGAGAAAUUGUACAGCAAUUUUGUUUGUUGAGGCAUCAGAGAUGAGCAUACUGAGGUUUGGGAACACCAUUGUUCUGCAGUUUCGAAAGCAGACGACUUUACACAUCACUGAUAUUAGCUUUGUCAGGUCAAAGAACCCAGUAAGUGGCAAAGCAACAUUUCUAACGGUAAAACAGCAUCUAGUGCAAAAUAACUAAAUUCUGCAACCCAUUACCAGAAAGGAAGACAAGACUGGAAGGCUCAAGGUGAGGAGGUAACCACAUAUUACACCUGAGCAAAGGAACUGUUUAAAAACCCUCCGAACCCUUUCUUAGGCAAGACUUACCUGUUUGAUACCCUCAGGGCACUUCCCUUCCUCCGAACUGUGAAAGGUGCACUGGGCCUGUUCAAGCACAUGAAACAACCAGCAUAGACAGGGCAAAAUAAAGCCAGUGCACGUGCCUUGUUUUCAGAGCAUUGUUUAAUAUUUCAAAGAACUGUAGUGCAGUUCAGCUUAGGUAUUUCUUACCAAAAUUAAAGUCACUUGCAUUUCUGAGAAACAUUCUAGACAAAGGAAUGUUUCUCAGCGUGAAAUGCCCUGUCAUUUUUUCAAGCAAUAAGUGUCUACUUCUAGUAAAUCUUAGAGGCAGGCUGUCCAGGCUCUCCCAUAACUAUGGCAGAUGAAAAAGGUGAUACAUUUUUGUAACUUUUGAGCAGUUUAUUACAUAAAGGUCACAUAACUCUAUUUGCCUACUUUGUACACAAUUGUCUAGUCUCACGCACAGUGGCUUCCAAGUUCUUCCUAGUACUGGCAAGCACCAAGAAAUUCUGUAAUAGAAUAUCAAGUGCCUUAAUUAAGUUCAAAUCAGGACCUUGGUAGAUGGAUCUUGCACCCAGUUAUCAGGAAUGUACAAAUGUCUUUAUUCAAAAAAUACAAAAUAAAUUAUCUGUAGGCAUGGACAAUGACUGUAAACAAUUACACGUGUGUUAAAUGAAAUCCA